AUGCCAAGAGUCCAUGAGCUAAAAUCCAAAUUUCAGUCUGAUCUCAAGAAAUUUGAUGUCAAGGGCAGAAUCUACAUUGCUCCAGAAAGUGGCAUUGGUGGAGUCAACUGUCAAAUGGCAGUGCCUACCACGCACAUCCACCAUGUGAAGUCUUAUUUUGAUGACUUGGAAGACAUUGGGCCAAUUCAAUUCAACGAUAGCAUUUUAGAUACGACACAACCCAAUUUCAGCAAAUUACGUGUACUUAUCAAGCGAAAUUUAGUAGCCAUUCGAGAGAACGAGUGUAUCACAACACAAGACCUCAAACUACAGCCCAGUCAUCUGACUCCUCAGGAUUGGCAUAAAGAGCUCGCGUCAAGGAAACAGGAUAUCUUUCUAUUGGAUAUGCGCAACAGAUAUGAAUUUGAUGUAGGCCAUUUCGAUCAUGCCAUCAAGAUGAAUGUAGACACAUUUAGAGAAGGUAUGGAUCUAUUGGAUGAAUUGACAAGCGAUAAACCAAAGGACCAAGAGAUAUACAUGUAUUGUACGGGCGGCAUUCGAUGCUCUGUGGCAGGUGCUUAUCUGAGGAACAAGGGCUAUCAGCAUGUCAAAAUGCUGGAAGGCGGUGUCACUGCCUAUGGUCAUUACGUAAAAGACAACGUUCCCUCGUUGUUCAAGGGCAAAAACUUUACUUUUGACGGCAGACGGGGUGAGCCCAUCACAGAUCACAUACUAACGCAGUGUUACCACUGUGGAGAUCAAUGCGAUCACAUUACAAAUUGUGCCAAUACCAAAUGCCACUUGCUGUUUGUUCAAUGCCAGCAUUGCAAAUCCAAAAUGCAUCAUACAUGUAGCUCGCAUUGUCAAGAUGUGUUGCACGGUAAAGAAGAAUACAAGCUUGACUAUGAUUACCACAGACAAGUAUCUAAAGCAUGGUAA